AUGUUGGCUGAGAGCCACGCUACCACUCUGUCGAUGAUAGCCCAAGAGCAGCAGCGACUCUCUGAGCAGCAGGCAGAAGCCCAGGCGCACGACGAAGCGCUCCGGGAUGCUGACCCGGAUGCAGUGCUGCCAGUGUGCACCGACAUUUACCACUGCUCCACCGCCGACGAUCAUGGCCGGGCACGGGCCAUGACUCUCAUGAAGCAAGAUCGGCUGCGCCUCGUGCAACUCCUUGUCGAAGUGCGAGAUCGUCACCGCAGCCGCGUGGCAGCGAUCGAUACGUGCUUCGCGGGCAUCGCCAGUGCGGAGGAGGCACGCUGCAAACACAUCCAGGCGGCCGUGCAAGAGCUGAUGGCCAGCCUCACCCGCAUCGCCGUCACCAGCACAACCGAGUCACAGGUACUUGCGCAGCGCAUCCUUCACCACACCAAUGAGCAGCUCGGCGGGAACUACUUGGGCAUGCAGACGAUGGCGACGCAGCUUCGGCAGCGGGAGCUGUACAAGCAUCAGCACUACCAGCGCACGCUCGUCGCGGUCUACCGGGACACGCAAGUGUACAUGGCUCAGCAGCAUGUGACGUGGUGCAUCACAGUGCUGCGCUCGGCGCUGUUCCACCGCCCGGAGGGGCGGCUGCAGUCUGUAACGGCAGCAGGGCAGCUGAUCGGAGCUAUCCGCAGCGAGGCCGAGGGGCUUGUUCGCGGGCUGACGGAGGUGGUGGACUCCCUCGAGGUUGCGCAACCGUCUGCGAGCACCGCGGAGCUUCAGGUGUGCGGCGGCAGUGGCUCCAAUGGUUGGCUGCGCUCCUUCGAACCGAAUGUGCAUCAGCCCGUCUUCGUCGACGAGGACCCGCGGGCGGUGCUGGAGGAGUGGCACAUGCGCGUGAGCGUUCUCCUGCGGCACUGCCGCGCGCGCUGUAACGAGCUGAUGGUCCGCGUGAGAGCUGACGAAGCUGCGCGCACAAGCGUGGCAGCCGCCCUUGCAGAGCACACCCUCAGCGAUGUCGAAGCGAUUGCGCGUCCACUCAGCGAGGAGCCGUUGCUGCUACAGCGUGCGUCUCUCGCGCACAGCGGCACUGAUAAGGAUGGGCAGGAUGUGUCACCCGACGAGGGUGCUGACUUGCUUGACGACGCACUCCACUCCCUUACCGAUGCCCAUUCCGGGGUGCUCCUCAUGAAACAGUCCAUCGCGCAGUCCGCCGCGUGGGCGCUCUGUGUGCCCGCCAUCGAGAAGGAAGGGCAGUGGUUUGUGCAUCUUGUGUCGCGCGGCUUUCGGCGCGGCUACGCCCAGUUCUGCGCCGAUGCCGUCAAGUCCACUGGCAGCAUGCUGGUGAGCCUUGAGGGGGUCACCGACAUCCUCCUCGCCUCCACACGUGGCCUGCUCGGCUUCCUGCGCGGACUCUACGCGCAGUGGCAAGAAAAGGAGAUGGACUACCGCGACGAGGUGGCCCGGCUGGAGCUGCAGCUGCGUGUGUUGGAGGAGGAGCUGCGGCAACAGGAGACGCCAGCUUCCGCGGAGGCGCGGUACACGGCGGGGCUCCUGUGCCUCCAGUCCAUCGCCGACGCCCACACUCGCUACUACGAAGCCGUUCGCAGUCGUGUGGCAAACGCGACCGCAGACGUGCUGCAAGUCGGUCAGGCGUGUGUCGGGGAACUGAGCAAGCAGGCGGGGCUGUCGUGGGCCGGGCUGAGCUCCUCUGACGAGUGUGAAAUACCAUACACUCCACAACAGCAGCUCAAGAGCAAGAACUCUGCCGCCACCGUACCUGCAAGCGCGCAGGAGAGCGUGCCCGCUGCCGCUGCUGCACCGCGCUGGUCCACCUCACACGGGGAGGAGUUCACCAUCGACUCCGUCGCCUUCCGCUUCGUUUGCGUGACAGCACGUAGUGGCGGCGGCGAUGUAACUGCGAAUGUUGGUGCGAGCCUGGAGGACUUCGAUGACGACAAGACGGCGGCUGCUGGGGCGGCUCCGGGAGCGGACUUCCAGCAGUUCUACUUGAACCUGCUGCCCGAGCUGCAGCCAGCGCAGCAACACGUGUCGUUUUUCCUUUCCCAGUCGCGAGUGUCAGAGUGGAAGGAGUAUCUGCGAUGUGCGCUCAUGGAGUGGGGCCUCAGCCUGCAGCGGCAUGCGUGGGAGAGCUGGCGGCUGUACACGGCAGCUUUUCAGGCCGAUGUACAGCACCGCGUGGCAGAGGUGCUGCGAUACCAUCAUCGGCGUCCCGCGACGUUGCAGGCGACCAUCUACGAAGCCCGCGUGCGCGAGUUGAUAGAUGUAAAGAACAGGGGGGACAAGAUGCUCUCGCGGAUAGCGGAACGCGUGUCGCGUGUGCAGACGCUCAAGCAGACAUUUCUCACCCAGACAUCACACAGCGACUCGGACGAGGCGCUCAUUCGCGAGCGCGCCACCCUGCUCGUGAAAGUGCGGGAAGCUAUGUCGACAAACGCCGUACGGACGCUGGUAAGCCGGCACGAAGCCCUCUGCGCCGAGUACUGCACAGCGCUGGCAGACCGCUGCGCUGAGGCGGUGCGCAAUCUCGAAAGGGCCCGGGCAGUCAUCGAGGAGGACUGCGCGCAGCUGCUGCACGAUCGAGCAGUGGAGCUGCGCGGCGGCGACACGGCGGCGCAGCUGCCGGUGGACGACCCGGUCCAGAUGCGCGUCGACCACCUGCGCGCAGAGGUGCAGGUAACACUCACGCAGUCGCUCAAAGCCGUCGAGGAUCAGCAGCAGACGCGCGCUGCUGAGGUCGAUAGCUGGAAGGCAAAAUGGACUAGUACGGUGGAGCACAGCAGCGCGGAGCUGAGCGUGUUCCAGACCGUGCAGGAGGGGUUGGCCCGACUGAAGGCACAGGUGCAGACGCUGCUCACGACAGCGGCGACGGAAGAGGCAGAGCUUGCGGCGGGGGUGGCGAUGGUGGUGAGGGAGGUGGACGAGGCCUCCGCCGCACCGGUGAUGGACUUGGCGGCCGCUAUGCAUGCCCUGUUCAAGGAAAGCCCCUCUGCAGCCUCACCGGCGGGUGAUGGUGGUGGCGACACGCCGCUGACAACAGAAGAUCUGAAAAACAUGGUGGAGCACAACCUCAAGGUGACAAAGGCGAUGCAGCAGGACCGCAUCCGGGCGACGUCUGCGUGCGCCGUGCUCGCCUCUCUGGACAAGCUCCGUGGGCUCUUGUACGCGCGUGGGUGCCGCUUGGGGCUGCUGGCGCACACAGUCGAGAUGUUGCGGGUGUCGCCGCUGCACUACGUGCUGCCCAUGGCGCUUGGGGAAGAGGAACCCGAGACGGUGCGCGGCCGCACCGGCAGCCGCAGCCUCUCUUCGAAGGUGGGGCGCCGCACCAAAGACGUUCAGGGCCCUCCCACCGCUGGUCACACUGCCAUGCCCCUCUCCACGCCUGCGACGUACGCUGAGCAGGUGGCGCAGUGGACGGCACAUGUGCGGAGGGACGCAGAGGCUGCGGCACAGCGCCAUAUCAAAGCCUUCCCGGGAGACAUGUACCGCCGACUACCUGGAAUGACUAGCGGCACGGUGGAGCAGCUCAACGCCGCCGUCGCGGCACUGUGCCUUGCACAGCAGGAGCGGGUCAAGUUGUACACGACCAAGGCAGGCCAACCCUUUCGACAGCGCGUGCAGGAGCUGUGGAACACGCUGCAGAGCACGCCAUCUCUCCUCGUGCGCACCUUGAGCUCAGGGGCCACGACCGCUAUCCACGAACGUGUCGAGACUGUGCUGCGGCCGUGGUGGCGUUUUCAGGCACAGAGUAGCGAGCAGUGGCGUGCGCACCGGGGGGCAGUCAAGCUUUCCUUAACCCGUCAGCCCAACGCCACAGCGCUCACGUCGCUGACAGAAGCAGAGGCAGCUCGCAGCGACACGACGGAGUUGGCCCUGCAGCAAACGUGGGCCUGGAGCCUGCGAGAAGUGGAAGACGAAGUCGGGCUGCAUGUGGCGCGCUGCUGGACAGCUCUGCACUCCUACUCGCACCUUCUCAAGGGAUUGGUCACCCCGCAGCACCUCGUCCCCACGACAGAGGUGGUGGAAGGCGGCCACCAUCGCGGCCUACGGCACCUCCUGGAGCUGCGCGCGCAACACGAGCGAGCAGCCGCAGAGUUGGAGGGGACGGCCGGCGCGAAGAAGGACCCACGACUGCAGGAGGUGAUGCCGCUGCACCGCGUCGACGUCCCUGGUACCAACCCAUCUGCGGCUAGUAAGCGACACGCCAACGCAUCUGUGGCAGCAGCAGCGGCGGCGGCGAUGGAGAGUGCGCCACUCGCGCAGCUUUCGCAGUGGAGUGAUGUCGAGUUACCCGGACUGCCGCUGAACACCUGUGUCCCCCUCUCGCAGUACAACGCGCAGCACCCCCAAACUGCCGUAGCCCCACCUCUGGCGGCAUCUGCGUAUGUGCCAGCUGCUGUCCGCUUCACCAGCGACGGCAAGGGGCCUCAAGGCCACGGCAACCGGCGCACCUCUGCAGCGACGUCCUCUGCAUCCUCAAACACGAGUGGCCGCAAAGGACAUGCAUCGACAGCGAUAGACGCAAAGGCCGCUGCCGCUGCCGCCGAGGCCUCUGUUCCGCUUCUCGUACCGCGGGCUCCACUCGUGCUGGAGUGCGCGCAGCUCCUCCGCGCCGCGGUGCUGUCGGUGAGUUCGCAGGGCAACGAAGCCGCUGAUGUCCUCAGCAACGCAUUCGACUUCUACGAGCGGCAGGAGGCACAGUGGCGGCAGACUUGGGCACUGACCUUGAAGGACCUGACAACGAUGUAG